AUGUACGAUUCGAUUCGCUGUUGUGAACAAACUAAAAUUGCCAUGGAUAACUUGAAUGAAGAGCAGAUAGAGAAACUGCAGGCCAUUUUUGAGAUUAUGGAUCAGGAUUCCGAUGGCAAAAUUUCAAUCAAUGACUUAACGCAAAUAUUUAACAGCCUUGGUGAUUCGAAGACAGAGAAAGACGUGAUUACAAUGUUUGAAGAACAACAUCCAGAUUCGAAUUCUGGCAUAUCGUUUACUAUGUUCUUAAAGUUCAUGAGCUCAAAGAUUGAGCGGAUGACAGAGACAAGAAAGAUGAGAGAGGCUCUUACUGUGUUUGGAGAGGAAGAAAUUGGCAAACAAGCAUUUAGUGAGACUUUGGACGACACUUUGGAAGUGCAAGAAGUUUUGAGUGAGUUUUCUAAGGAAAACCACUUGACUGGUGAAAUUGUCUUUCGAAAUGAAAAGUAUCUUAAAAAGCAGCUGUAA